UGCUCAUGCCCGCGAGGUUUCUUCCUUGUUGCUAUGGGAGCCUGGAGCAGGGGCCUGGCACAGUUAUAGCCUGCGCUCCACUUCCUGCCAGUGACCAAUUUUUUGGGAGCGAUUAAGCCUCCACCAACAUUCUGGUUGCCUUGGCGACAGGGGUGUGUUGGCUUGGUGAUUGUGGCACUGCCAGGCAGUUGCUAGGGACGCGCCCUGGUUGCCCAGGAUGUCGCGACCCCAGAUCAUCCACAGCGGCCACUUCAUGGUGUCGGAGCCGCAUGCUGACCCCGAGCUGGACCCGGGGGGCAGGGCUGUGGUUGGGAGCAUGGCAGAGCAGGUGGGGGCUGUGGAGCUGAGGGCUGGCGACUGGCGGGAGGGGGCUGGGGCGGGUGAGCAAGACGCAGUGCCCGGGGACGCCUACGACUUCGACACAGUCAACGCCUGCACGUGCCGGACCUACCGCUUUGGCCCUUGUAGCAGCGGCGCCCUCAGCAUCGACGCAUCCCUCACCAAGCUCUUUGAGUGCAUGACACUCGCCUACAGUGGGAAAAUUGUGUCCCCCAAAUGGAAAACGUUCAAAGGCCUGAAGCUGCUGCCGCGUGACAAAAUCCGGCUCAAUAAUGCCAUCUGGAGGGCAUGGUACCUGCAGUAUGUGGAGAGGAGAAAGAACCCUGUGUGCAAUUUUGUGACGCCGCUGGAGUGCAGUGUCGGGGACGACCAUCGCAAACCGGAGCCCCACCCUGCCCUUGCCUUGCAGGCCGUGAGCAUGGAAGAGAAGUACUGGAAGCACCAGAUCGGAGUGGUCAUUCGAGAGUAUCACAAGUGGCGGACAUACUUCUGCACACAGCUUGCAGCACCUUCUGCUGGAAGAGGCUGGAACUGGAGUAGCCCAGAGUUCUCCCCAUUCCCAGCACUCCUGCCCCAUUCCCUACAGCGUCCCCUGCUGGGAGAAGCUGAGACUGAGGAAGCGGCUCAUGCCAUCCAGGGCGAGGGGCUGAGCAGUGAGGCCAAGGGCAGUUGCCCCAUGGAGCUCGACCUGGACACCCUGGACAGCCUCAUCUCUGACCUGGCCGACACCAUCUUCUACAGCCGCAACCCGUAUGGGGGGCCCAACCCCCGCAGCCUUGCUCACCAAUUCAACGCGGACAUGAUUCAGCCCACCCUGACCCAGCUGCACCCUAACUUCGGAGAGGAUUUCAUGGACACCCUGGAUCCCAUUCAUGAUUUCUUUGCUGCCUGUCGCCCCCAGCCUGUGACCCAGGCCUCCACGCUGCUGCCAGCUGCUGCCCCACAGGGCUCUCUGUCCAGCGCAUGUGACCCGGAUGUGACCACCAGCACUAAGGAGCUGCCUCUCCACAGGGGCUCCCUCACCCCCCUUUCCUUCCCCCUGGACCUGGAGCCCCUGACACCCCUGAACGGACACCAGACCUUCCUGCCGCUCUUCCCCACCUCCCCGCUGCGGGUCAGCCCCCCCCCGCCAGGCCCUCCCACGCAGCACCCCCAAGCCACCCUCGUGUUCUCCGACAUCACCCACACAGCUGCCGAAAAGCUCCCUUCACCCACCCGGCACCCUCCUUCCCCCGGAGGCACCUUUGCCAUGCCUGUGUCUGGCCCCCUGCCCAACAGGGCCAAAUCCCGGCAGCUACAGCACAUUGCCCCAGCGCCCACCUCCAGCCACCCCCCGGCAGCCCCCAGUGCCUUCCUUACCCGCCUGCUCGUAGCAGGCCCAUUGACACAGCCUCUCGCUCCAGCCAGGGACUCUUCCCAGGUCUGCACCCCCCUAGAGCUUCCUGCAGGCGUCCUGCUGAUGGAGAAGCCCAUCCACCCUUGCUCUGUCACUGCCUCCUCCAGCACUGAUGCCAAGUCCGAAGAUAGAGCUGAGCGCAGGGGACCCCAUGCUUCCCACCAGCCCUGCAGCCUCCCCAGCACCAAGGGCAGCCGAAGAGCCGGCUUUACCUCUGCUGACCACACCCGGCGCAUGAACAUCAGCUGCGCCUUCGACACCCUCGCGAGCCUCGUGCUGCCGGGCUUGGCCCAGCCCAGCGUCAAGCUCAGCAAGGCCACGCUGCUGCAGAGAAGUGUGGUGUACGUGGGGCGGCUGCAGCAGGAGCGCCGGCAGGUGCAGGAGACAGCCCGGCGCCUGCGGGGCGAGAUUGAGGAGCUGAGUGCUGCCAUUGGGGAGUUCCAGCGCCAGCUGCCCCCCAGUGGGGCCCCGGUGACCCCUCCACGCUUAGACCACAUGGCCCAGCUGUAUGAUGACUACGUGCGCCAGCGCACCCUGCAGAACUGGCGCUUCUGGCUUUUCAGCAUGCUCAUCAAGCCGCUGUUUGAGAGCUACAGGGGAGCAGUGAGCACCCACAGUGCCAAGGAGUUCUGCCAGUCGGUGCUGGGCUGGCUGGAGCAGCACUGCGCCCUGCCCAUGCUGCGCCCUGCUAUCUCCAGCUCCCUCCUGCAGCUCAGCAAGCUCACGGCCAUCCUGACCCAGCCCUCGCGCCUCCCUGAGCAGGCCCUGCAGGCCGUCUGCCGCCCCCCGCACACCAAGGGCCAUAGCUAGUGGGCCCUAUGGUGCUGCAUGAGGACGUCCCGACGCUGCCCACUUGGCGGAGAAGAGAGGACACAGACAUCUUCGACUCCUGGGUGGCGCCCCACCCCACCAUGGGCCCAGAAGCGUCUGGAUGGACAUGCGGGGGCUACAGCGGGACCUCUGUAAUAGAACUAGCAGGGGGAGGCUGCUUGAUCCACAGAGAAGGUGGAAUUGGGGGGGCUCAUAGCUGGGCAUCCCUAGAGAGCAAAAUGGGGUGGGGGCUCAGAGCUGGGGAUCACUUUAGCCCCCACUGACAUGGCAAUGGGGUGGCUCUGAACUGGAUUCCCCUGUAGCACUCAGAGAGGGGCAUCUCUCAGAGCUGGGGAUUCCCCUAUACACCUCUAGUGAAGGGGAGCUGGAGGAUCAGUAGAGGGUCCCCUUUAGCAUCCCCCCUAUGGGGGCAGGGGGAUGCUGGCAGGUCGUGGCUCUCUUUGAACAGUGACAGCAGGAGCUGUAUUAAACCCCCAGCAUAUGGGA